AGUUAAAUAAGCUCCUAUCAAUCCAACUUCAUUCAAUUCUCACCAUCUUCUAUCGACCGACGUAGGUAUCAAUAUCAAUAUCAAUUACAGUCACGAUCUUACAGACUAAAGCAAAUUACGUGUUCAAAAUGGUUUACAUAUGGGAGAACCUCCUAGACAACACAAAGCUCAAUGCCUACCUCAUGAAAGAUCUCUCCGACGGUGAACUCAAAUCAUUCAAGAAAAAAUUCGAAUUCGGCACCAUGGCACCAUUCGCGACCAUGAUCGAGCUCAUAAUCCAAAAAGCGCCAGAAGACUACCUCGACAAACCGCACGCAUACAUCCGGCGCAAGGAAAGCGAAGCCGGCCGCACCGGCCCCUUCGUUCUAAUCGACGAGCUAUUCUUGCUCAAAGGCGCGAUAUGGUACGUAGAGAACUUCGCCAGCGAGGACGAAGUAGAGGACGAAAUGGCGGAGUCGACGGAAGUGCUAUCGAAGAUCCUGACCAAAGUCGAGAACCUGCCUAUCGCGAGCAUCAACUACGAGAUCGGCAACAUCAGCAUCUGGGAAGACCUGGACAACUGCGGGGUCGAGAUGCCGGUGAAGGAAGACUUCGAGCAGCCCGUCAUCCUUGGCGAUACUGAGGGCGACCUGAACAUCCCGGAGUACCGCUACGACCAGCCGGCCUCGCUCACGGCGUACCCGGGUGAAUACGAGAUUAGCACCGACCCAGAGGUGCUGAAGGACUUUUCGCCUUUGCCGGAAAGGGUCGGUCGGCUGAAGGAGGAUGUUGGUAAGGAAGUGGGAAUCAGGGGUACCAAUUGGACCUUUGUUAGCGAGUCGCGUUCGAGGGAGCUGAAGGACGGUACUAUGAAGGAAUUUCCCGAGGGGAGCGUUAGUCUUCAACACAAAUACGACCCAGAUUUCCCUUGGCCGGCGUACAAGUGGCCGGAGGGCUCGUUGUAAUGGACAGAAACUACCAGUGAGAUUGAGCGAUUAUGGUUGAAGGGUUAGAUACACGAAUUUCAGGGUCCACCACUUGUAGAAAUAGGGGAGAAUAAUUGUGAUAAAAAAAUCAAGAUGUUAUUAAUUAUGCCUCGUCGUAUCCCGUAGGAUAGGAAAUCUAAGAGGA